AUGGGUGUGGAGCUGACAGCCCAGUCACACAUUCCCAAGCUGAAAAAACGAGUUCAUCUACUUUCCUCUCCGUCACACACUUCUCCUCCUUGCUUCAGAGAGCACACAGUUCCAGCCAUGAACCUGUAUCUCAUCCUUCUUCUUUCUGUCCUCUCUCUCUGUCUUUCUGUCCCGGCAGUUGGUGGUCAAGACCAGUUGGUAGAGGAACCGGUUGUCGUACGUCAUAUACAGCCUUUAGGAGGUUGGGCUAAAGUCAACAUUGAUCAGAAAGAUGUCCAAGAUGCUACUGAAAAAGCUGUAGAGAAAUUUAACACCAAAUCCAAGGCUAAGAAGUACUUUAAGCUUGUGAAUGUCACAUCUGCAAAAAUGAAGACCACUAACAUCCUAAACUACAGGAUCAAUGCAGUCUUAGCGAAGACAAAGUGCCCAAAAAGUGAGACUGCAACAGAUCUCAACUUCUGUGAUAUGGCUCAAAAGCGGCUCAAAUGCAAGUUUGAGGUUGAGCUCGAUCCAAGGAAUAACCAAUACGAGGUGAAGAUUGUGUCGUGCAACAAAUAAUCCACUGAAAGCUAUAUGCAAAUUACUAUAAAAUGGCAUGAAGGAAUAGUGCAAUGUUUUGAGGAAUACUGAUAAGUGACAAUUUAAAGGAAAAAAAAAAAAAGAAAAAGGCUGAUCCAUGAAAAACCACCAAUAUGCACCAAUGCAGCAAGUUGGUGUUCAGUGCAGUUGAGGAUGACGAUGGUGGCGGUGGUGAAACGUACUGCUUAACAUGCCAAUUCAAAUGGUGUUUAAUUGGUUGGGAUAUUAUGUAUGGGAAUGCUGUAAGAUAAUAACAAUAAAGGUAAUAAUUUUCAUCCUCAUCAAACCAUUCAAAACCAGGGAAGAUAACACUUUUAUCAGGAUGGGAUAAAGUGUUUCAUCAAGUGAUGAGAAAAAGGAAUGUUAUAUUCAUUUGACUUUAGUCUUAAUAGACCAAAUCAUGCAAGCAAAUUAAAUACAUGAAAAAUUGAGAGAAAUAAUAAUAAUAAUAAUAAUAAUAAUAAUAAUAAUAAUAAUAAUAAUAAUAAUAAUAAAUGUUCAAUCAGUGUUUCCUUUAAUUUGUCACCUGUCUGUAAGAGCUUGUGCCUUAUUGAUGUGGUUAUGCAGAAUAGCUACCUCUGGAAGGGCUUUAUUAUUUUCUUAUUAAAAAUUUUGAAAACAUUUUUCCUAUAUAUAUAUUUGUCUGAUCAGCAAACUGAAAUAAUAAAUGUGUGUUACAGAAAAAAAA